AUGUCAGAUUACUCCGCCACGGAUAAGGUGAUAUCAUUCGUCGGUCAAGCCUUCCUCGUCUAUACCAUCUGCAAAAUCCCCCAUUACUACCUCUUCCACAAAGCUGAUCCAGUAACUACGAAAUGCCUACCGGAAGAUCUAGCUGUGAUUAUGUAUACUUCUGGCACAACUGGAAAUCCGAAAGGAGUUAUGAUCACGCAUGAAAACAUUGUUGCAGCUGUAGCAGGACAGGGGGAUGCAAUACCUAUCCGCCACCAUGACACAUACAUUGGUUACCUACCUCUCGCUCACAUCUUGGAAGUUUGCGCUGAGUUAGUAACUCUCACAAAGGGCGUCCGAAUAGGGUACUCCUCGGCGCAAACGUUGUUCGACCGUGCUCCCAAAAUCAAGAAAGGUUGUCGUGGUGACUGCUAUGCACUAAAGCCAACUUUGAUGGCUUGCGUACCUGCUGUGAUGGACCGAAUCUACAAAGCGGUAAUCGAAGAGGUGAACUCUAACAACCUCCUUUUCCGAGAGAUGUUCAGAGCCUGCUACGAGAGAAAGCGAGCACGUUACGAAGAAGGGUACUCCAGUUUCAUACUCAACAGGCUAGUUUUUAACCGCAUUGGGAAACUUCUGGGUGGCCACAUCCGAUGUGUCCUAUCUGGUGGAGCUCCUCUGAGUCCUGAAACCCAAAGGUUUAUGAACAUUUGCUUCUGCUGUCCUGUUGUACAGGGAUACGGCUUGACAGAGACCUGUGGCGGUGCCACAUUGGCCGAUGUGCACGACUUAUCGACAGGAACUGUUGGUCCGCCCCUCACUUGCUGCGAAAUUCUGCUGGAAGAAUGGGAAGAAGCUGGAUACUCUCCUGACAACGGAGCUCCGCAAGGAGAAAUUCUCAUUGGUGGAAAGAAUGUAGCACUAGGAUAUUUUAAGAAUGAAGAAAAAACGAAGGAAGAUUUUGUCUAUAGAAAUAACAAACGCUAUUUCGCAACUGGAGAUGUUGGGGAGUUUAGAGCAGAUGGAUCUUUGAGGAUAAUUGAUCGAAAGAAGGACCUCCUCAAGCUGUCUCAUGGAGAAUACAUUUCUCUUGCAAAAGUGGAAACAAACAUCCAGACAUACCAUGGCGUAGACAUGGUGUGCAUCUACGCUGAUUCGACCAAAGACUAUCUUGUCGCCCUCAUUGUUCCUGAACAUAAAUUCUUGAAGAAACUUGGCGAAGAAGCUAUGUGUGUGUGUGUGUGUCGUCGUCGUCGUCGUCGUCGUCGUCGUCGUCGUCGUCGUCGUCGUCGUCGUCGUCGUCGUCGUCGUCGUCGUCGUCGUCGUCGUCGUCGUCGUCGUCGUCGUCGUCGUCGUCGUCGUCGUCGUCGUCGUCGUCGUCGUCGUCGUCGUCGUCGUCGUCGUCGUCGUCGUCGUCGUCGUCGUCGUCGUCGUCGUCGUCGUCGUCGUCGUCGUCGUCGUCGUCGUCGUCGUCGUCGUCGUCGUCGUCGUCGUCGUCGUCGUCGUCGUCGUCGUCGUCGUCGUCGUCGUCGUCGUCGUCAAAUGGGGUGA